AUGGAACGUGUUGCAGAGAUGGACAAUUUUCUGCCGUGCUGGUAUGUGCUGUCAGAACCUGUCCACAUAUUCUGUCCGGAGAACACGGCCACAUCGCAACCGAAUGCGGAACGCGCAGCUGUCUGGUACAGCACCAGUGGCACCUGUACAUCUCCACUAGCUCUAAGGCAAACCGAUUCUUCAGUCUUUCGUAGUCGUACGAACAAACGUGUCAACUCUGUUCGCAAUUUGUGGAAGAUCAAAAAGAUAAAGAGAGAUGUCGAUUUCGGCGCCGUUGAAUACUCGUCCGAUUUUUCGUUUCCCAACUUGCCCCGGGUAUUCGUGCUCGUCGAUAUGAUUCUCAACACUGCUUCUCAUUUAUCGAUCCCGAUCCUACAAAAUUGGUUCUGUAACCCGGUUGGACAGGAUAUGUUCCACGUUCCUCUGUUCACCAACACUUCUGUACAGUUACCAAUGCAUCUGUAUCAUCAUUUCAAUGCAGCUAUAUUACAAAGUCUUCGUUUUUCUUCUUUUAUGGGAUGUCCUUUGCCCGGACUUACUAUUCCAUUCAAUGUCUUCGCUACUGCUCAACAGCAAAGUUUCUUCCUGAACCCAAAUCAUCAUUAUGGUCCGCCGGUAGCAAUGAAUGGUCCCAAUGUUCCAAUUUACAACGAAUAUGGACAGCCCAUACAAACAUUGGCAGAAACUCGGGGACAUCCUUCCGAAAUGAUUCUCACAUCUGAGUUGGAACAAGCUACUGAUGAAACUCUGAAUAUGAGUACUGUCAGUACCACAUUCCCACAGUAUGAAGGGAAUUACUCAACUACGGAACUACCUGGAGAGAAUCUUGCUGGAAUGGAGCUCGACCAUAUGCCAAUGCAAAGCUCCCCCUUCAAAGUAAAUUUCAAAGGCAUCGCCGAGCCGGAGUUUGCACAGAACAAGUCAGCUCCACCAGCACGUAGGAGAAGGAAAAGAGCUGCCCAGAAGAGAAGAAAACGCCGUUCGAAGCUUUCCGUUAAAGCUAACACUAAACGUACUUCUAUGCCACCAAAACGUCGUCUGACGCCACAAAAUACUCCGAACGAAGCAACCGAUUGCAACAACGAGGCAGACGCAGAGGAUCGGUUCCAGUUUUUACUGGAUCAUAAGCUUGCCAAAUGUCACUGUCAUUGUUGUGCUAUCCUAAGAUCUACAUAUAUCACAAUGGAAGUAAUCGCUAAAAGCAUCCUGAAGCGCGGCCGACGUUAUUUUGAAGAACAAUUUAACCUUGCUGGAAAUAAUCACUCUACUCCACAGCACAACUGA